CAGAGUCUGUUGCUCCAGCAGGAAAGAUGGGCAGGGAGCUCAGUAGCCCAAGCCACCUCCCAGAGGGUGUCCCUGGCCCGGCAACCAGGCCUGCAGCUCCAGGAGCCCCCUCGACAGGAGGGCCCAGCAGGCUGCCCUGCGCUGACCCCUCACAGGUGCAUGGGGCUGGGCCUCCUGGAUCCCGAGUGCCCCCCACACUGUGAGCAGAGUGCACACGGGACCACCCCCUGCCAGGGAGCGGGUGUGGAGAGACUGACCUCAGGAAGAGAUUUCCACCGUGUCCAGCAGGCUAGGCUCCCCCACCACCGGGCACCCCUGGGCAUCUGUGGGCUCUGGCCAGGAAGACAUGGCAGGGACGCCUGAGACACCAGUGCUAGGUCGCCUGUGAACUUGGCAAUGGAGAUUGAGGCUGGGCACCCCAAAAGGACCCAGCACCACCUGCUCCCUUCCAGCCUUGGACAGGGCCUCCGAAGCUCCACGCUGCCCCUCCCCUGCCCUGGGUGGACGUCAGCCCUGCCCCUGACCUUGGGGUGGCUCGCCUAUGUACUUUCGCAGCUAGAGACUUGGUGAUGGGGAAGCCGGAAAGCCGGGUGGGGACGAUGGAGAUGGCCUGCUGGCAGGGGCAGAAGCGCCAAGCCUUCCUGGAGCAGGUGCUGCUGCUGGUGACCGGUACCCUGGUGACCCUGGGCCUCCUCUACGUGGACAGCAGAGGUGAGCGAGGGCUCUCCUCCCCGAGGCCUGCAACCCCAGCCGAGCUCCCAAGAGCGGCAGUGCUCCCCCCGGAUCGGACUCCGGGGUAUCCGCGGAAGUGCUUCCCCCGCAGUCAGCAAUGGGGCGUCCCAGCCCGUGUACUAGAACGUUCCCUCGCUGGACCGUGGGCCACCUGCGCCGGGGACCGUGGGCCCAUCGCCGGGCCAGAAGCAGCCAUCAAAGAGACCAAGGAGAUGGGCAAAAUCUGCACCACCCCCGGCUGUGUGAUGGCAACCGCCGGGAUCCUCCAGAGCAUGGACCCAUCCAAGAAGCCAUGUGACAACUUCUACCAGCAUGCACGCGGGGGCUGGCUGCGGCACCACGUGAUCCCGGAGGCCAGCGCCCACUACAGCAUCUCUGACAUCCUUCGAGGCAAGCUGGAGGUCAUCCUCAAAAGAGUGCUGGAGAAUUCUACUUCCUAUGACCGGCCAGCCGUGCAGAAGGCCAGGACGCUGUACCGCUCCUGCAUGGACUAGAGGGAGCAGGGUAUGAUAGAGAAGCGAGGCUCUCAGCCCCUGCUAGACCUCCUUGAGCUGGUGGGAGGCUGGCCGGUGACUGGGGACGCAUGGAAUACGAGUGUAGGUCCCCGGUGGGAGCUGGAGAAGCAGCUGGCCGCGAUGAGCUCGCGGUUCCGUCAGCGCGUCCUCUUUGACCUCUUCGUCUGGAAUGACGACCAGAACUCCAGCCAGCGCAUCAUCUAUGUAGUCCAGCCCACCCUGGGCAUGCCGUCCUGCAAGUACUAUUUGAAGGAUGGCACCAACCGGAAGUUGCGGGCCGCCUACCAGCAGUUCAUGGUUUCAGUGGCCACGCUGCUGCGGGAGGACAUGAACCUCCCCAAGAACAGCCACCUGGUGCAGAAUGACGUGGCACAGGUGCUGGAGCUGGAGAUGCAGCUGGCAAACGCCGCAGUCCCACGGGAGGAGAGGCGUGACGUCACCACCCUGUACUACCAGAUGGACCUGGGGCAGCUCUAGAACAAGUUUGGCCUGAAGGGAUUUAACUGGGCUCUCUUCACACAAUCUGUGCUGUCCUCUGUCAGAAUCAAGCUCCCGGCAGAUGAGGAAGUGGGGGUCUGCAGCAUUCCCUACCUCCAGAACCUGGAACACAUCAUCAGUGUCUCCUCAGCCAGAGCCAUGCAGAACUACCUGGUCUGGCACCUGGUGCUGGAUCGCAUUAGCGGCCUGGGCCAGCGAUUCAAGGAUGCACGUGCAAACCACCGCAGGGCGCUGUAUGGCACAACGGUGGAGAAGGUGCGCUGGUGGGAGUGCGUCAGCUACGUCAACAGCAACAUGGAGAGUGCUGUGGGCUCCCUGUAGGUGAAGGUGGCCUUCUCCAGAGACAGCAAGAGUGUGGUCAGAGAGCUCACCGACAGGGCUGUGGCGUUCAUGGAGAGUCUGGGCGAGCUGGACUGGGUGCACGAAGAGUCUAAGAAAGUGGCCCAAGAGAAGGCCGUGGGCAUCCGGGAGCAGACCGGCCACCCCAACUACAUUCUGGAGGAGAACAAGCACCUGGGCGAGGAGCAUUCCACCCUCAACCUUUUGGAGGACCAGCACUUUGAGAACAGGCUUCAGAACCUCGCAGCCAGUGCCCACCGGAGCCCCAAGAGGCUGUGAGAGAAGGCGGAUCGGAACCUCUGGAUCAUUGGGGCAGCUGUGGUGAAUGCGUUCUACUCCCCAAACCAAAACCAGAUUGUGUUCCCUGCUGGGAUCCUGCAGCCCCCUUUCUUCAGCAAGGAGCAGCCGCAGGCCCUGAGUUUCGGGGGCAUCGGUAUGGUGAUCAGGCACGAGAUCACCCACGGCUUCGAUGACGAUGGCCGGAACUUCGACAUGGACGGCAACAUGCACGACUGGUGGAGCAAGCGCUCAGCCCGGCCCUUCCGGAGGCAGGCAGAGUGCAUGACCUACCCAUACGGGAACUACUCUUGGGACCUGGCGGAAAAGCAGACCGUGAAUGGAUUCAGCACACUUGGGGAGAACAUCGCAGACAAUGGAGGGGUGCGGCAGGCAUACAAGGCUUACCUCAAGUGGACAGCAGAAGGCGGCAAGGAUCAGCAGCUGCCAGGACUGGAACUAACCUAUGACCAGCUACUGUUCUUCAUAAGCUGCGCCCAGGUGUGGUGUGGAUCCUACCAGCCUGAGUUCGCCAUCCAGUCCAUAAAGACUGAUGUCCACUCCCCUCUCGCCCACAGGGUGCUGGGCUCACUGCAGAAUCUGGCCGCCUUCUCAGAUGCCUUUCAUUGUGCCCCGGGCACCCCCAUGCACCCACACCGGCGAUGCCACAUCUGGCAGCCGAGGCCAGGCCGUCCUGCCUGCAUGGAGCCGGUGCAGCCGGCAGGGACCCAUGUGCAUCCUCCUCCUGGCCUGGAGUGCAGCCGCCACCCCGGACACAGUGGUGAGCACACCCCACCAGGUCCCCCCUCCGCGCCACCCUGGGUCUCAAGGCUGCCCCCUGGCACCCUGCAGACACGGUUAACUGGCUUCUACCUGCUGUCCAAAGACUGCCUUCAUCAGAUGUCCACGACCUUCAGGCCUGAACUAAGUAAACACUUCAGAGCAGUUGUGUGCCUUGUCUAA